AUGCAGAAUUCUCAUGGAGCGAACGGGCACCUGAACGCAUGCUGGACGCACUCCCUCACCUGCUGGACCACUCUCUCACUCUUCCACCACCCCUUCUCCUCCACAGGAGUGUGUGCGCGAGCUAUCAGCACCAUCCCCUAUGCAGGCGCCUCACGGGGCGAACGGGCACAUCAACGCAUGCUGGACGCUCCCUCUCACACGCCAUCCUUCUCCUCCCGCCAUUUGUCUUCCUUUCCUACCACCCCAUCUCGGGGCAAACAGGCUCAUCACCGCGUGCUGGACGCUCUCUCUCACACUCUAUUUCUCAUCUUUCGUGCUCCCACCCAACCCACCAACUUUCACAGGAGUAUGUAUGAGUAUGUGCGCGAGCUGUCAGCACCAUCCGCCAUGCAGACACCCCACGGGGCGAACGGGCACCUGAAUGCGUGCUGGACCCACUCCCCCCUUUGUUCUUUCCAUCCCCCCAUCCCCAUCCCACAGGAGUAUGUGCGCGAGCUGUCAGCACCAUCCGCCAUGCAGACACCUCAUGGUGCCAAUGGACAUCUGAACGCGUGCUGGACCCACUCCCUCACACCACAUGAUGUGGAUGAGAUCUGCAGCGCACACAUACCCACCGCCGUCAUUCAUGGCAGGGAUGACGUCAUCGCUCACAUCUCACUGGGCGAGAGGGUCGCGAGGAGCCUAGGGAGGGUGGCGCGCUUCCUGCCUCUCAUGGGAGCACACAUGGUGUUAAGGGAGAGGGCGCACGAGGUGAACGCGUGUUUGGCUGUGUUGAUGGAGGUAGCUGAGAGGAGGAUACCGGUGGAAGAGUGGGUGGAGAGCUACAGAGACGACAGGCUGCCUGCUCCUGCCACGUGGCAGAAUGAGAUUGGACGCAGCAGUUCCCAAGACUUCACAAUUCCAUUCUUCCAGUUACCCUCGCAGUGGUUUCAGCCUGAAACUUGGACCCUGUUUAGCAGAACAUGGGUUGGCUGUGUGUGUCCCUCCUGCUUUGGCUCUCUGUCAGGCCAAAGCCAGGCGCAGGGUGAAAAGCGAUGUGCUACCGUAUGUGCCAUGGGGACCAUCACGCAGAAGAUCAAAGACAUUGAAGAUGAGAUGGCUCGCACGCAGAAGAACAAGGCAACAGCGCACCACUUGGGCUUGCUAAAGGCCAAACUGGCGAAGCUUCGACGAGAGAUCCUCACGCCGUCGGGCGGUAAGGGAGGCGGAGCAGGGGAGGGGUUCGACGUGACGAAGAGCGGUGACUCGCGAGUGGGCCUCGUGGGUUUCCCGUCCGUGGGAAAGUCGACGCUCUUGAACAAACUAACGGGCACAUUCUCUGAGGUCGCAUCAUACGAGUUCACAACGCUCACGUGCAUCCCGGGUGUCAUUCGGUACAGAGGAGCCAAGAUCCAGCUUCUGGAUUUACCCGGGAUUAUUGAGGGAGCCAAGGACGGCAAAGGGCGAGGCAGGCAGGUCAUCUCGACCGCUCGCACGUGCAACUGCAUCGUGAUCGUUCUAGAUGCCAUCAAGCCCAUCACACACAAGCGACUCAUUGAGAAGGAACUCGAAGGGUUCGGCAUCAGGCUGAACAAAGAGCCACCGAACCUGACGUUUAGAAGAAAGGACAAAGGCGGCAUCAGCAUCACAGCGGCCUGCACCGUCACCAACCUGGACCUCGACACGGUGAAGGCAGUGUGCUCUGAGUACCGCAUCCACAACGCGGACGUGCACCUGCGAUACGACGCCACGGUGGACGAUCUGAUUGAUGUGAUUGAGGGCAGCCGCGUGUACAUUCCCUGUGUUUAUGCCGUGAAUAAAGUGGACCAAAUCACUCUGGAGGAGCUGGAGGUGUUAGACAAGCUGCCGCACUACUGCCCUGUCAGCAAGCAGGUAGGCGUGUUCUCUGAGUACCGCAUCCACAACGCGGACGUGCACCUGCGAUACGACGCCACGGUGGACGAUCUGAUCGACGUGAUUGAAGGCAGCCGCGUGUACAUCCCGUGCGUGUACGCCGUCAACAAGGUGGAUCAAAUCACGCUGGAGGAGCUCGAAGUGUUAGACAAGCUGCCGCACUACUGCCCUGUCAGUGCCCACUUGGAGUGGAACCUGGAUGGCUUAUUGGAGAAGAUCUGGGAGUACCUUGACCUCGUGCGGGUGUACACGAAGCCGCGGGGGGCGAAUCCGGACUACGAGGAUCCGGUGAUUCUGUCGGGCAAGACGCGGACGGUGGAUGAUUUCUGCAACCGCAUCCACAAGGACAUGUCCAAGCAGUUCAAAUAUGCUCUUGUGUGGGGUUCCAGUGCCAAGCACAAGCCACAACGAGUAGGCAAGGAGCAUGAAUUGGAGGAUGAGGAUGUGGUGCAGAUUGUGAAGAAGGUGUGA